AUGCAAGUUCAUAUUCUGCACCCAGGCGAACAAAGUCACCCUGGAGUUCGCCCAUCUGGCCGACUAUCUCGCGCAAGGUGGAAGGCUAGCGCUCAGCCCAUUCCUCCUUGGUCAUAUCUACCGCACGCUUCACGACGUCAUCACGGAUGGGAUGAAGCCGAAGCAUGGUGGUCCACUAUGGGCCUUCCAGUUCUGGCUGCAAGUUACUUCCCAGAGCUGAGGGGGGCGGCCAAUAUUGCCAACACCGACCCGUUGGCCAACGCAUUCGCCCGGGCCCCCAGGAAGCAUAAACACCUCGACUUUCUACUACAAAUUUUUCUACGGCUUAGUCGAGAGGACCGGGUCGCAGUUCCGGGUGUGCCUUGCUCGGCCGUAUCCUUUGUUCCUAGCGCACGACCUCUCCGUGAUUCCUGA